GCGAUUUUUUCUCCCGAGUUGCGGUGUUCUCGCGGUUGCAAUUCAGAGAGGCGAAGAAAAGGAGCGGUGCGUGAAGCACACUUUCGGGCACUGCGAGGCGUGACCACGAGCUUCAUCUGCUGGCUAGUUUUCAAUUCGACAAUUCGGCCGCAAAGAGCGUGGAUGCCAAAAGCCAGACCGGCACGAAAAACAGGGGGACGACCUGCGAAUUGGGGCAGCGCCGUGCCUCCUAAAACCAAAAACUGACAGAUGUCGGCGGUUCCGACAAGCGCAGGCGCGCCCCACCUGGCGCAAAUUCGAUUCACAUUCCUCCCUUUCUCGUGUUUCCUUGGCGUCGACGAGAUUUCCGAAACCAGCUCAAAGUCGCCUUUUUCUGGCUCGGACUCGGCGCCGCUGUGAACUGAGCAAGCUCCGAGGAAACCCUGAACGUGCUUCUCGGCUGUUUCUCACUCUUUGUUUCCCAAAAGAAUCUGCGCCGAAUCCGAGAAAGACGAGUCGCGAGGCGCACGCUGACUGCCUUUUUCUUAGAGUCCAAUAACGUGGGCAACGCCGCGAACAACCGGUGUGAACCGUCUCUUUUUUAUCCCCUUUUUCCACAAGUAUCGAGGAAAUCUACGAACGCCGACGCAGUCGGCUUUGUCUGUUGCGAUCGUCGGUCCCUUCUUUCGCUUUGUACACUCGGCCUUCCGUCGGUCCCUCCGAAGCGUGGAAUCGUUGCCCUCCUCUCCGAUAGUCUGCACCUCUCCUUGUCUGACGAGAAGUCGGCACACCCGACAGCUUGCGCUUGUCUUUCACUUCACUCUUCUCGCACUCUUUCAAUUUGUCUUCCCCCUGUCUUCUUUUCUGUACCGUGUGGCAUCCCAAAUUCUCCGAUUCUAGUUGUUGGCUCUCCUUGCACGGCUGUCUCUUUUCGCCACCCAGUCUGAGCCUUUCCGCAUCUGCCCUCUUCUUUUUCCCUCUUUUCUGCUCUCUUCCUCUCAACAGCUUUCUGUCUCCAUCCUUGUCUCGUCUGGCCUGACUCUCUGUUCCUCUGUCUUCCUCUCUCUUCUCCGCCCUCCUCUCCCUCCUUGCCUCCGUUUUGUCUCCCUCCAGUCUCUCUUUGUCUCCCUCGCUCUCUGUCUCCUUCCGCUGUCGUACUGCUCUGCUUCGUUUCUCCGAAGAGACCUGGGACUGAAGCCUGUCUCCGUCUGGUCAGGAAAACAGGGCGCAGGUCGGAGACAGGGCCGCGUGGGUCUUCCUCUGGGCGGGAGGCGACUGCGAUUUUUAUCUUUUAGUUGUCUCUCUGCUCUUUUGUCGUUUGCUGGAAACUCCGAUUGACUCUGCGUCUUCGUCUUGAGUCCCUGAACCGCUUUCUCGAUUCUCCUCGUGGGGGAGGCGCAUGCGCAGUUUUUUUUUCGGUCGGCACCCUGGCCGUCCUCAGCAGUACCGUUGGCGGUUCUGGAUUCCCCGAGUGCCUCUCUGUGUCUCCUCGACUGUCGGAAGAACUUGAAUCCGAUACACAGAGACCUUCAAAAUCGAGUUUCGUCGUCUUCAGUUCCGAGAUACAGACACCCCAGGUCUUUAUGAUUGCUGUAUCUCGUAGUGUACUUCGUCUCUGCAGAAACCAGUUGAGUUCUACGCAGGGAUCCGCAUGCAUGCUCGCCGGGCGCGGGGAAGUCGUGUUUCGAUCUUUCCCGGGGAAACUGCGUUUGAGCGGAGCUGAUGGGGCUGCCGUCUGCGCAUGCAGACACGGUGGGUUCAGACGCGUCUUCUGCGGGGUCCGUAGACGCUGCCUCUUCUUCGUCUCAACCUGCAAGCUCGGGAGCUGAGAAGCGCGGAGCCCAUGGUAGAGUAGAGGCCAGCAACAACGAUGGUCCCUCAGAGAGUCCGCGCCUCUCUCCGCGGUCUCCUACACAUUGUUCGUCUCUUUCUUCUCGUGUCUCUGCCUGUGCGAUGACGCCGCCGCUUGGAUGCAACCCCGCACAGGGCGGGGAGGGCGAGCGGAGCGGUGGGCUGUCCGACUCGCAUCCGACUGAGUGCAACAACGGCGCGGCUGCGACUUGUGCUGUCGAGAAGAACGCUGUCCCACCCGUCUCUCCCGUCGAGCGAGACGCCCCAGCACCGGUACCUGUCUCUUCUCCAGGCUCGCCGCCGAAUCGAGCCCAGAAGACUGCUGCGUCGCCUCUCUUAGGAGCUUCUCUGGAGCACAGGGCCUCGGGGAAGAAGCGCAACGGAGCGAGUCCUGGCGAGAUCCAGCAGGGAGACAGCGGGCAAACAGGGGAGGCCGCGGAAGAGGGCUGCGCCUCGGCGGUCUCGAAGUGUACAGAUGCCGAAGGAUUUCCAAUUCCAGAUCCCCCGCGAGUCGCGGGCGCCGCGCUUCUCCCGUCCGCCGCCCCGGCGGGGCCUGCGCGCGCUUCGGAGGCGAAGCUAGAGGAGACUGCUGCUCGCGGCCGCAGCGUGAAUCGCCGGCGCUCGGGCUCUCCGCCUUCUGACGUCUCGCCUGUAAACACUGUCUCUGCUGUUUCUUCUCUCCCUGCUGCUUCUGCGUCGUCUGCCCCCUAUCCGUCUCUUCCUUCAUCUUCUGUUGCAUCGUCUUCAAUCUCUUCUUCGGCUGCUUCUGCGGCUCCGAGUCAGGCAUCGUUACCUGGGGCGUCAGUGCCAGGCAACCUUCUAGGUAACCUGGCAGCUUGGGCGGCGUUUGGGGCGCGGGCGCCUUCUUCCCCCGCAGCGCUUCUCUCGGCUGCUCUUUCGCGUUCCCUCCAGCCGCUCUCUUCUCCGUUAGUUCCUUCCACGCCGCUCCUGGUCUCCCCGGGCGGUUCGUACGCGGGUCUCUCGGCGUCGGCGCCGCGGCCGAGUCUCUCCGUGGCGCCCGCGACCUCUUCCGCGCUUCUCAGUGCCUCUUCGCUGGCCCCGGGGGGCCUCGCAGGUCCUGGCGCGACCCCACCCGCAGUCGUCGCACCCAGCCUUGUGGCUGCACUGCGGAACCUCCCGUCCUUCGGGCUCCAGCCGCUGCAGCCGCGGUUCGUGAGCCGCGCGUCUGUGGACGGUGCCGCGCCGCUGGCCUCUUCGCCUUCUUCGCUCGCCGGGGCCGCCGCGUCCCCGACGCACGGGGCGCCGUCAGUGAAUGGGGGCGACAUUCCGAAUAUAAGCAGACGGCGGAGCGCCGGGGCGAACGCAGUGCCCGGAACGAAUCAGCACAGUUUUUCGGGGCAGACUCCGCAGCUCGCCUCUCCGUUUCUUCCUGGGAACCUCCUCCAGGCGGCUGCGUUGCUUUCUUCGUCGCAAAACCAUGUCGCUCUCCUCUCUUCUCUCGCCUCUUCGCUUCCUGCCUCGACGCCCUUGGCCCCGCGCUACCUCCGCCCUCAGGGCCUGCCCGCGGGGGCCUUGUCGCCCGUGGCGCUCCAGCGCCAGGGCGCAUGCAGUCCGUCCAGCAGCGCUGGGCCUCAGGCCUCCGCUCUCGCGAGUGCAUGUCCCUCAACCGAGGCGCUCGCGCCGACCGGCGGAGACAGCGCGCCCGCGAAGGCCGCGGCUGGCGGGGCCUGCGGGGACCCUCUGAGUGUCGAGCGAGGAGGCUCGGGCCAGCCAGAAGACGUUUUGAACGCUGAAAAGGAAGGCGGCGAUGCCACUGGCGCGCAGGCCUCUCAGGAACUCGGUCUGGAGGCGCGAGAAGGCGAUCUCAAGCGCAGGCGACCUUCCGACCCCGCGGUCCCACAGUCGCUCUCUUCUCCGACAUCUUUCUCUCGAGGUUCUUCAUCUGCUCGUGCUGCAGGUUCUCGCGCGUCCUCGUCUUCGGGCCAGAAAGGAGAGAACGGGCUAGAGGCUGAUGAGGACGCGGUCUGCAGCGUCUGCGUGGUGGGGGAGUGCGAACAGCACAACAACAUCGUUUUCUGCGAUGGCUGCGGCUGCGCAGUUCACCAGUUUUGCUACGGCGUCAUGCAGAUCCCCGAGGGACCUUGGUUCUGCUCGCUCUGCACUUGGCUCCGAAAGAAGAAGGGCGGCGCGGACGCGGCCAGCCGGAAGAAAGAGGACCGGGCCUCGACGCCGAGUCCUCUCGACUCCGCGGCGGCAAGCCCGGAAACAAGCCAGGAGUCUCCCGAAAAGAAGGCCGCGGCUUCGCAGCCCGUCGACUCGGCCUCGUCUUCUCCAUCGUCCGCGUCUGCGUCUGCUGCUUCGCCGGCUUCUUCGGUGCUGUGCAAGCUCUGUGGUCAGGGAGGCGGGGCGAUGCGGCGAGGCCCGGAGAAACUGUGGGUUCACAGCUGCUGCGUCUUGUACUGUCGGUCGGGACCCCAGUUUCGACGCACGCUGCAGCUGGACGAGCCGGUGGAUAUUCGGCCUUCGCUCUCUGUGGCGCGCGCCAUGGCCUGGCGCUGCGUUGUGUGCAGGAAACGAGAGGGCCUCCCGAUCUCCUGCGGCUUCCCAGGGUGCUCAAACCGACUCCACGUCACCUGCGCCCGCGCCGCCAAGUGCGUCUGCGUCAUCGCCUCUCUCUGGGAGGGUCCCGUCGAAGGCGCCGGCCGCGAGCGCGUCUGGAAAGCUGUCUUCUGCCCCACGCAUAACGACCCUGUAUCGAUCCAAGCCGCCAAGGAAUUCGAGAGAGAACGCGCCUUCGCUGCUUCGCCUGUACCGGCCUCGACCCUCGCUUCGCUACCGGCUGGCGGGGUGUCUCCUGUCCACGUUGGAGUGUCUCCUCUGCAGGCGGCAGUGGCUCCUGUGCCGGCCGCGGGGUCUCCGUUCUCCUCGCCCCAGGCGCCUGGGGGGGUCAGCGAGGGCGAAAGGCGGCUGGAGGAAUGGGCACAGCAGGGCCGCGCGUUGGGGUCCAUCCCCGGCGGAGUGGAGCCAGUCCAUGUUGCGACUUCGUUCGGCGUUGCUCGAGCGAGUGCGCCACAGGCUGAGCAGGGCUCUGGAGGGAAGCUCGAGGCGACAGAGACUCCGGCGGCCGACAACGCAGUCAAGACAGAGAAGAAGGGCGACGCGAUUUCGGGGAGACGCGAUGAAGAGGCCAGCCGGCAGGCGUCGACCCUCGGCGAUGCCGCGCAGGCCUCUCUCGCUUCGCUCUCUUCGUCUCCAACUCAGAGCGGGUCUCGUGCUGUGGGUGGGGGAGCUGGCGUUCGUGCCGCCGACAGCAGAGACACCUUAGGCUCUGCGCCGCCCCUCUCGCGAGCGCUUCAGGCCCGCCAGGCCCCUGCCUCCGGGCUCGCGCUGGAGGAAACUUUGAACGCGCUCCAGCGCGGCGUGCCCCCGAGGGCCGGAGCCCCGUCGCUGCUGUCUCCGGGGGUCUCUGCCCUUCGGCUGCUGCCCGGGGCGACCGCGCCUGCUGGGGCUCCAGCCGCGAGCGCCGGCGCCUUCCAGCAGACGCCCCUGAGUCUGGGCUCCGUCUUCCCCUUCGGGGCCGCGAGCGGAGUCCAGGGGACUCAGGGACUCUCGCCCGAGGUUUUGCAGAAGCAGCUGCUGCUGCAGGCCCUGGCGGGGGGCACAGGUCCCGCACGGCAGGGCCAACAGGCCCAGAAACCCCAGGGGUUCGCGUUGGGGAGUGGCUUGACGUCGCCGGCGAUCGCGCCGUUCCUCGACGCUUUGGUGAAUCCUGCGAACCAGAAGAAGGACGAUGCGCAGCGCGCCCACCCUGCCUUGGCGUCCACAUGGGGCCAGCCCCUCCUUGGGAACUUCGCAGGUCAGGGCGCGAACUUCCUCGCACCCUCGGGGCUCCCCGCCAGCCCUGCCGCUCCAGGUUCGAAUCUCCUUUCACAGUACGCCGCGCCGGCCUCUGUGUUCCGAGGCCAAGCCGUCGUCAGUCCCUCCGUGUGUGGCCUCCUGUGCCCCAACGUCGCGGGCGUGGGCGGCGCAGCUUCGACCCUCGGUGGGGCAGCACCGGGCCUCGGAGGGGGCGCUGCGGGCCUUGGGGGCCUCCAGGCGGGUGCCGCGGUGGCGGGCGUCCGGGGCGGCGUCGGACCGCAGUUUGCGCUUCUGCCUCAGCAGCUGCUGAGUGCUCAGACCCGCGGGACCCAGCAGGCCGUAGACCUCGCAAGGGCGAACUGUCUUUUGCCUGGCUCCUCGUUUCCCCUGCGGUUCCCAGACGCGGGGCCAAGUGGCGGGACCUCCGGCCGCGAAGGCGCCGAGUCCGCUGUAGCGGCAGGCCCGGCACGGCCUGCAGGCGGCGCGCGUCAAGAGCGCCGGGAGGCGGGUGACGCGUCGUCGUCUCCGGGGGGGCUGUGUGUGAGUGGGGCGCCGCCUCCAGGCAGUCUGGGCUCGAGCUCGAAGGCAGAGGCGCCUACGGGGCACACGGUGGGGGCCGGGGGGCCUGCCCAGGCAGACGGCGAGGCUCAGGGGCCUGCGGGUUUCGCUGAGACUUCUGAGGCGCCGCUCGCUUUGUCGCCUUCUUCGCCGCGGCCGUCGCCGCUGCUGAGGUCCUCGGGAGCUCUGCGGUCAGCGGGAAAGCGUGGAGGCCGCGGUCGGUCGUCGCAUCGCAUGUGGUUUUCUUCGUCGCGGAAAUCCCAGCCGGGCCUUCUGGGGUCUCAGGCCCGCGGCGGCAUGUUGGGCUCGAAGAACGGCCUUUUGGGUGGGGCGUUCUCCACGCAGCUGCUCGAGGGUGGCGUGGGCGCGGACUUGCUCGUGGACGGCGCCCUCGGGGGCACCGGGGGCUCUCACGGUGUACAUACACCCGGGACGACGCGUGGGAGCCGCGUGCAGUGGGGUCGGUUCGACUUGCUGUUUCGGCGGGUCCCCGUUGGCCCGUUCGCGACAAACGUCUUGGAGACCUUGAAGACUUCACAGGAGAAGCGCGUGGCGAUCGAGGAGGCGCGCGUGAUUGAGAAAAUCCUCACUUCCCCUUGUCUCUGUCCCGAAGCGGAGAGCUUGACGGAGCCGCCGCUCGAGGACCGCGAAGUCGUCGAGGAGCUCCUCGAGUUGUACGUACACCAGGUCGACGAGGCGCUGCGGCGCGCGCGCGAGCGGAAGAAGCGCCGCAGGCGAAGAGCACGGGAGAAGCGCGAAGAGCAGGAGCGCUGCGAGGGCAGAACCGCCGAAAAAGAGGAGGGCGACGCUGAGGCUUUGACGCCGAACAAGAAGCGCAUGUCCUCGGAGAGUCCGCAGAAUCGAGACGGUGACGCCGACGCCAGUGAGACGCAAGACGUCGGAGACCACGUCCCCGACAGGGAAGGAGACCCUGGCGAGAACAUGCAAGAUAUCAAGGUGAGACUGCACAGCUCGGUCGACACCGGAGACAGUUCGUCGGGGUCGCCCUCGGUCGUUCUACCCCCUGAGAAAGCAUGCGAGGCAACGACGGCGGCCUGCGCUCUACCGAAGGAGGAGUCUGGCGGCACUCCGCAGCAGGCGACAGAUGCGGGCGAGUCCGAGUCCUCGGCGGGUGCGGCUAUCGCGGACUCCUCCAGUGUAUGUACACCGGAGGCGGCAGAAUCGAUGAAGCGGCCGAGCGACGCGAAGAAGCGGGAGCGAGAUCAAGCGAAGGCGGCGGACAAAGACGACGAAGAAGUGUGUUUGCCCUUCACAGCUCUCGUUGAUUUCGGUCCUGUCGCGGCCUGGAUUCUUUUCGAAGCCGUUCCUGGAGAGCCGCAGUCCGCAGAAGAAUGCGAGGUGCUCGAGCGCUUGUGUGAGAGCGGCUACCUUCCUGGAUCGCCUUCAUUUGCGCUUCGGAAGUUCCACAGCGACCCCGCUGUCUCUUCCCCGGGCCUCGGGGCCGUUGGCUUUCCGCCUCUCUCGCCGUCGCUCGGCGACUCGAGUCUCCCGCCGGCAGCGGGAGAUCGACGGCUGCUCGCGGGUGCGGCGCGCGGAGGCGCCGCGAGCGCGGGGGAUCUGGGUGCCGGCAGAGCAGCGUCUCUCUUUUCUCUGCCUGGAGACUCGGUCGAUGCGCCUGCUUCGCCGCUGGCUUUUCCAGGAGAGCGACAGGGGCGGCGAUCUCCGUCGCAGACUCUUGGCGCGGCGGCUCCGGGUCCCGAGGCGGGGGGGAUGCGCGACGAAGGCGGUUGGUGUACGUCUACUGCCGAAGAGGCGGAGGGCGUGAAGGAGGCGAGAGCGGGUGCGACGAAGGCUGUCAAUGUCUUUGACAGAGAGAAGGAGAACGGGCGAGUGCACGCAGACCGUGAGGACUCUGCGGACGGCGACUCGGGCUCUGAGGUGGAGACAGAGGGCGCGAAGCCGGGCCUCCCCUACCGCCUCGUCGUGAAGGCCUUCAAGACCCUGAGUUUCUACCAACUGACUUAUUGCCGGCGUCGCCUGCAGCAGGUAUUUCUGCGCCCGCACCGCCACCCGCUGUACAGACAGCUCCUGCAGGUCGAGGCGGAGCAGCGAAAGCGCCGCGAAAGAGAGGGGCAACGCGCGGGCGAGCACGUAGACCAAGAAGAAGGCGAAGACAUGCAGAAGGUAUUUCCGCUCUUUCAGCUGUCGUCGACUCUAGCGGACCCGAAGCUCGGCUCGGCCGAAAAGUUGAGAAACAAACAGGAGAAGAGUGUCGGUCUAGCUUCCAAGAAGGUCUUCUCCAAAGAGACGGCAGAGAGUCGAGAGACACAGGUUCGACAACCAGAGACUCGAGAAAGACGAGUCCUGGUGAGCGAGGCCGCGGACCGAAUCGGUUCGUGUACGCCGUCCGAGCUUGGGCAAACGCGGGAGGACGAAACGAAGGACGCCGCGAGCCCAGGGCUGCCGCCGAAACGGGUGGAGAACGCGACGGGGAGUGGAUCGCCUUCUCUCCUUGGCCCUGUGCGUAGCGAAGCCGCAAACGACGCGUGUACCCACUCCUCGCCGCUGACUCCGAAUAACGUAUCUGCGACCGGGGAGAUAGAGAGGACGAGAAACGAAGACAUGGCGUCGGACGAAAGGAAAAACAUGUCGACUGCGGCCGCGACAGAGCCUGUUCUCUCCGCCUCCCCUCUCGGCCUCCUGCCGCCGCCUCGGGGCCUGCGGCCGCCGCUGAGGCCAGAAGGAAAAGUUCAAAGUUUGCAGACGCCAGAAAGCGAGGUGCAGCCUGGAGACUCAGGCGCGUCGAUCGUGACCGUCGGCGGCCACCGGUGGUUCGUCAAGCCUUGGGGCUGGCAUGAGUCUCCGUACGCGAGUCUCGUCCAGGGCGGCGACGACUUUGUGGGAGUCCAGUGUGCCCAGUUUCUUCAGGUCUCUACCGUCUUGUCUCGGGACUUGCGUCGACUCAAGCUGCAUCUGUUACAGUCGGUCUUGGAGGAGAAUCGGCAGCCGCUGAAGGUGGUGGAGCGGCCUCAAUCCGCCGACCGCCUUCUCGCCCGCUACGCCAGCAUGCAUCGCUGGUCUCAGCUCCGACACUACCUGUGCGAGGGCGUGAAGGACGUACCGCUCCCUGCCAGUCCUCCGACGCCCGCGCCUGGCGCCCCUGCGGCGGCUCCGGGCUCGAGCGCGGCGGGCCGGCGGGGCGCGGCGCGCGAGCCCCCAGGGCCAGUGGUGGAGGCGCCGAAGCCGGCGAGCGCUUCUGCCGUGUGCCCCGCGGUGCCCCCGCACCUGCGAAACCUCUGUCAGAGUCCCGAGCAGGAGGCGCAGCUUCUGAAGCAGCGCCGGCAGCUCUGCGAGGCGCGCGCGCUGCGGGUGCCUUCCUUCCCGGACCCGAGGACCUGCUUCCUUCUCGCUCAGCAGGAGAAGUACCAGCGUCAACUCGGCUGUCUCUCCGACUCCGUCGCUGCCUGCGCAGCCGUCGCCGGCUGGGGCCUCGGCAGCAUGGGGCUCGCGUCCUGCUCUGCCGCGGAGCUCGAGCGGCGCCUCCUCCUCGCCUUUCCGGCGUCUCCCUUCUCAGGAAAGAGAGAAGAAGACGAGGGCGGCUUCUCCGAGAAAGGCGAGGACCGACAGCGAGAGACCCGCAACGUGUGUUUCGCUGACUUCGUCGUCGACCUCGUUGCAGGCUCUCCGAAAGCGGGGGGCGCGAAGGACGAGAAACUCGCGGAUCUUCUGGAGGAAUGCAAUGCGAAUUUCUCCCUCUUCCUUCACGACGAAGCCGAAGAGGAAUCCAGACGCGCCCAGAACACACAGCCGGUCCUGCUCGCCAGCGGUGUAGAGAAGGCCCGCCCAGCGGUGAGAGAAGACGAUCGCGGCGACCCCGAAGCCGCGGUGCGAGGCAAGGUCGACGAAAACACCAAAGAUGCCACAGAGAAGAAGGACGCACAGGCGACAAAGGAAGAAGUUCCGGAACAGAACGAAUCGCAAGAGAAGAAGGAGGCACUGGAACAUCCGCAGUCCCAGAGGACGACGGAGACGCAGCCGCGCCAUGCAUCUCCUCUUCCUGAGUUGGCGGCGUUCGCCUCGACCUCUCCUCAGAGUCUGGAGGGGGGUGGAGCUGCAGACACAGUCCGAGGCCCUCCGAGCGCGGAGCCUUCGGGCGCCGCUGCUUCGCCGGCCGCAGCGGCGGUUUCCGUGUCUCCAGCGUCUCCGUUGCCGGCGCGGACCGCGGCGGCCGCAGCGCCUGUGGCGGCGACGGCGGGGAGUGUGUUGGACGCGCUGGUGGGCGCGGCGGGGGCGGCCUCCUGCUGCGUCUGCUGGUGGUCGGAGCGCAGCAACUUGAAUCCGAUUCUCUCCUGUGUCCGGUGUCUGGUCCAUGUGCACAAAAACUGCUACGGCGUGGGCAAGAUGGGUGAGGCCGUCGAGGGCGACGACUGGAUCUGCAGAAGAUGCGAACUCGAGAAAAAAGGACUCGGCACUCAGUGGCUUGUCGCCUUCGAACCCAUGAAAGUUCGGUGUCAGGUCUGCGGCACUGGCGGCGGAGCACUGAAACAGACGACGGAUGGCGCGUGGGUUCAUCUGUUUUGCGUCUUGUGGCUGUUGCCGGAGGUUUCCUGUGGUGACUUCGCGUCUCUGGAGCCGUGGAAUCUGGAGGGCGUCGUCGCCUGGCGCCGCGAAGCUCGCUGCGGCCUCUGCGACCAGCCGGGCGGCAUCUGCGUCCGCUGCGCCUCUGUCGGCUGCGAGGUCUGCUUCCACCCGAUGUGUGCGUGGUUGGCGGGGCUCCAUUGCGAGGCCGAGAGUCUCCGCGGGCUCUUCCUGCCCUUCCGCGGCGCGGUCGAUCGCUGCUUCCCGCGUCUCGUCAUCAAGGCCCUCUGCUACAAACACAGUCCCGAGUUCCUUCCUGACGGCAGGCGCCGAUCUUCGGCGGUGCAGGGUUCCCUGCGCAUGCGUCGCUAUGUGACUCGCGAUCAUCGCCCAGACUUGUUCAACGCGAACGACCGCAGAAGCGGUGGCCUUCUCUUCAAGCGCGGCGGGGGUGGGGCGCGGCGCGGCAACGCCUCCGCAGGAUCUGCCUUUGGAGCUCAAAGAGCUAGAACGCAGGCCGCAGUCGCCGCCUCUCUGCCCAAAACCGAGUUCCCUGCUCUCCCUCCUCCAACGCCUUUGCCUCCAACGUCUCCAGGCACCGGCGCCGACCGACAACCUGCGACGCCGCCUGCGCCUGACGCCCAACCGCUCGCUCCGAUCGCGGUCGAAGGCGAUGUGCCGACGGAGGCCCCACACGACGGAGACUCCAAAACGGCACCCAGCAAACUCGAAGCGCUAGCAUCGCCAGCAGCUUGUCUUGAAUCUUCAUCUGCUGUCUCUUCUUCUGAGUUUUCUUCGUCUUCUGCCUCGUCUUCUUCUGCCUCGUCUUCUGCUACCUCGUCUUCUUCUGCCUCGUCUUCUGCUACCUCGUCUUCUGCUGCCUCGUCUUCUUCUGCCUCGUCUUCUUCUGCCUCGUCUUCUGCUGCCUCGUCUUCUUCUGCCUCGUCUUCUUCUGCCUCGUCUUCUUCUGCCUCGUCUUCUUCUGCCUCGUCUUCUUCUGCCUCGUCUUCUGCUGCCUCGUCUUCUUCUGCCUCGUCUUCUGCUGCCUCGUCUUCUUCUGCCUCGUCUUCUUCUGCCUCGUCUUCUUCUGCCUCGUCUUCUGCUGCCUCGUCUUCUUCUGCCUCGUCUUCUGCUGCCUCGUCUUCUUCUGCCUCGUCUUCUGCUGCCUCUUGUGAAUCUUCACCUGUUGUCUCUUGUCCUGAACUCUCUUCAUCUGCUUCUGCGUCGUCGUCUGCCGCCGCUUCGUGUGAGUCUUCAUCUUCGUCUGCAUCGUCGUCUGCCGCCGCUUCGUGUGAGUCCUCGUCUUCUUCUGUCUCUUGUCCUGAGCCUCCUUCUUCAUCUGCUGCGUCGGCUUUCACAUCAUCUGCAUCUCCUGGAGGCGUCGACGAGAAAGACGUUUGUUCCGACGCGCCUGGAAAUUCGCGGGCGUCUCCGGAGGCGGCGGCGCCCGUGGAGAAGGGGACAGAGGAAACCUCGCCGCUGGUAUGUUCGCCCGUGUCUCCUGCGGCAGUGUCUGGCCGCGGGCCGACGGGGUCUCCGGCUGGGGAGAAAGGCAGCGCGGAGUCGGUGCCGCGGACCGAGGAGAGCGCGGGGGCGGCGGACUUAACGCGAGCGGUCUUGGAGGAGAUGGAUUUGUACGACGACCAUUCCUGCGCCGUUUGUCUCCUGCCCCGAAUCACAUGCACUUCCUCGAAUCCUUUUUUCCACUGCCAGCGCUGCGGCCUCUGUGUGCAUCGACAGUGCUACGGAAUUCGGAAGGAGCACUUGCCCCUGCACCUCCGGCCCGACCUCCUCCGCAAGAUCGAAGGCCGCAAGAUGCGCCGCCUCUCGGCGCCUUCCGGAGGAACAAUGGAGACUCGGUGCGAGGAAGCAGACGGCAGCGGGGGCGGCGGCGACGGCGGCGAUGGGGCAGGGCAGGGCGCCGAGGGCACAGGGCCGGCCGCCGAGGUGGGCUCUGGACAAGCAGACGGCAGCGGGAUGGAAGACGCAGAGGAACGUUGCAGUUCGUCUCCUUCGCGGGGCGCUUCGGCGGAACUGCAGGCGGCGCCGCAGCGAAAGACAGCUGGGGAGACAACAAGUGGAGACGACCUCUCGGAGGAAGUGGAACCGGAGAGAAGAGACGCCGCGUCGCCGAGCGGGGCGGACGCCCGGGAAGCAGACGACUCGGAGCGAAUGAAGAAGCGAACGAGAGAAGAUUCCGAGCGAGAGACGUCGUGCGUCGAAACCGACGAAGAAGAAAAUGUGUGCCAGUACAAACCCCGGCCUUUCCUCUGCGAAGCUUGCACUUGGCUGCCGCCCACAGAGAAGCCCGUCUGUCUGUUGUGCCCGCGGCGAGGCGGCGCCUUCAAGCGCGUUGCCCCAACUGUCUCCUCGCCCUCCGCGACUUCUGCUCCCCUCUUCGCGCAUAUGACUUGCUGUCUGUGGACCCCAGGAGUGGACGUAGCCGCCACCCCUGCGCUCUCUCCGAUUGUCGGCGUCGAGCGUGUGUUGGAGGAGCAGCAGAACAUCAUCAUUCAACAUUUACAGAAGACGCGACAGAUGCAGAGCGUGGAGAAGAAGAGCGCCGACGAGGCCGAGGUCUCAGCUGCUACCUCGCCCCGAACUAGUACCUCCGCGGCCCAAACUGUCUCCGCGCCCUCGGCCCCAGACGCCGAGGGCGAGGGGCGCCAGCGGGAAGGCGGCGAAGGCUGCGACCGCGAAGGGCGCGAAAGUGGGGGAGAGAGGGAAAGCGGAGAGAAGGAGUGCGAAGCGAAUCGGGAGGAGGCUCUGGGGUACGAGAGUGGAGGCACAGAAAAGCUUGACAAAGACAUGGCUCUCUCGGACGAGCAGGUCGUCUCUUUCCUCUGGACUGCAUGUGAAGUCUGCGGAUCCGCCUACGGCUACUGCACCAAGUGUGCUCAGAAGGGGUGCUGCACCUACUUCCAUCCCCUUUGUGCCCAGCUGAAAGGCGCUUUCAUGGAAAUGACAGAACAACCGGGACGACGCUUCACUGCUGUCGCCUUCUGCAUGCAACACUCCCGAGUCCGGAACCAGAUCUCUCCUUCUGUGCGUCUCUUCUUGCGGCUCCGCUCUUUCCUCGAACUGUCGAAGUUGCUUGUGAGUCAAGUGUCUCGACGCGAGCGGGUGAAGCGUCUUUGGUUGAGGAAGCGGCGAGAGUUGCUGGAUGACGAGUUCCCCAUCGACUCCGCCCUUUCGUCAGCAACGCCUGUGUCAGAUGCGAGCGUCGCCUCUGGCGCUCAGAAGCCGAGAUUCUCUCUGUCUCCUUCAGGGGGCGACAUGUCCGCCCCUGUCUCCGAGGAUAAACCAUCCACGGAACCUGUGGCACAGGCGCCUGUUUCGGCGGCUGCGGGGUCGCCCUGUGCGUCGCUGGCGACGCCUGUAGUGUCCCUGCUUCCAGACUUGGUUCUGAUGAAUGCCUUGUCCUCCUCGUCCUCGAAGUUCUCUCUGAGCGCCGACGAGGCUACGAAGGCCGAGGAUGUGACUCUCAUCGCGAGCUUCGACCCCACACGGAUUGCGGCUGCGGCCCGGGCGGCGGCGACUCACGUCGUGGGUGAGCAGAGAGCUCCAGAGCGGGGCGCGGAGGAGCCGAUCGAGGCCCACACUGUGGGGCCGUCCGACGGCGGCGACGCAGUCGAGAACAAGCCUGACGCUUGUGUCCGGACCGUUCCGCAGCCUGCUGCAUCUCUCCCCAGCUGGGGAGCGUUCGAGGGCGCGCAAGGCUCUUCGACCGCGCCCGACGCGGACGCCGGAGAAGAGGCGGGAGACUGGGAAGAGGGGGACGAGGACGGAGAGGAAGCGCAAGAGGAAGGGGAGGAGCUGGACGAAGGUGGAGACGCGUCGACGAGCUCUCUCAACAGGCCAAAUAGAGGCAGCGGGGUGUCACAACGGAGCGAGCCAGGGCGAAGUGAGGCGUCGUCGUGUGGGCAGCGAGGUGGGGAUUCGGUCUUGAGUUCCCCGCGGUCGCUGGUGGUGUCUCCCUCGAGCAAGAAUACGCCGCGGGCGGCAGCGGACUCGAAGGCAAGGGAGAAAGGCCCCGUUCGCGGCGAGACGGACGACGCUGAGGGCCGCCUCCGGUCCCGCGUGUCGGCGUUGCCAGAGGGGAGGCGCGGACCUGAGGUUCCGGCGGCUCGGGGCAAGCCCGGGGACGAGGAGGAGAACUCGAGUCGAGUUGCGGGGGUCCGGUUUCCAACGCUCACUCAGCAGCUGAAGAAAGACAAGAAAAAGCCGGACGAAGAGGCGACGACGAGAGAGCGGAAUGCGUCGUUUGCCGCCGUUAUCACUCAGUAUCUGGAGCGUGUGAAGGCGCGGCGCGAGGAAGGACCCGAGCAAGAAGAAGAGCGGCUGCCUUGUGUCGACGAGAGAACGGGGUUCCGGUGCACAACUCUAAGUGAGGCCGAGCUGCAAGACCUCAUCCAAGUAGUAGAUCAAACGACGAAGGCGACCGCCGCGAGUCGCGAAGACGGGGGCGUCGCCCAGCGCAAGGGUCGCCCCACGAACCGUCAGCGGCUGAUUCUGCUCUUGAGCGAUUCGAGUCCCCGCAGUCGCCGCGAGGCAAUUCUCCUGGCCCACCAGCUGAAGCAGAGGUGGGAAGACAUCCUCAUCGGCAGCGUCGACAAAGACCUCGUCGCCCUCAAGAACCAAGUGCUCGAGCCGCCCCGAGACGCGAAGGCCGCAGGCGAGAACGCGCCGCGCGAGGAGCCUGCAACACCCGCGCCUGAGACCCACCGACCUCUCGCCCCAGUCGAGCCGGAGGAAGCCCCGCCCCCCGCGCGGACCUUCUUGCCCAGCGUCCCCGGAUCCCCCUCCCACAAACUCCGCGUCCGAGACAGAGACGGGCGUCUCAGGUGGCAAGCGACCGCCGCUGCGCACAGUCGCGAGGACCUUCUCUCGGGCGCCGCUUUCGAAGCGAAGUCUUCACUCUCAGCCAGUUUCGAGGCAAAGAGACGCAGGAAACGGAGAGAAUGAAGGAAUUUCUGGGCCGCAGCAGCGUCUUUUUCGCGUGGCGGUCUCUAGGGCUCCUACGACAGCGCUGAGUGGAGAAGGAAGAGAAAAACGAAGAGAGUGACUCACCUCCCCAGAACUGGUCACUGUUUAUGGACGUGAGAGAAAAGAGACUAUUCGAAUAUGGCUGUCCUUUGUUUCCUGGUUAUCGCUGAAGAGAAGCUGCUUCCGAAGAGAAAUUGGCGCGCCCUUGUGAGAGGAGGGAAGUGAAGCGUGAACCACGUCUCGCAAGACAAAGCAGUGAGAAGGACGGAACACGCAGAUCAGAGAGACGGCGCUUUGAACUCUAUGGAAGAGGCACACGAGGCAGAAAAAGAGAACUGGACAGGGGGGAGUGUCAGGCGAAAGAGGAACGAGUGGUAAGGAAAGAAAAGAGGGGGGCUUGUCGGUUUCGACGGAUGCGAGCGCAGUGCGCGUUUUCAUGAGAGUUCGCCCUGGGGCAGUGUCAAAGGGAGAAGAGACGAAAUCAACAGCAGGUUAAGUACGCUUGUCGAAUUUGGGAACGAGAAAGACAGAACAGAUUUCAGCCUUAAGCCGUUGUCCCCUAGAGCGAGUUAAGACGCACUGGGCGUGGUACCUGCAACACCGUUGGCUACUGCAACUAUGAGGUGGACAAACUUCACAUGGCAACCAAUCGCGGACCGCUACUCAUUCGUUCCUUCCUCUUGGCUUUAAAGAUAUGUUUCGGUUCUUUCCCGUCUCUAGCUCCGAGCAAGCGAUGGAGCGAAGAGUGUGGGCGACACCUGACACCGAGUCAGCUUCUGUGAUUGACUCCCUGAGGGUGUUCCUUUGCUCUCUGGAGGUGACCGACGUCCAGGACCGGACGUGAACAUGGUCGAUCGAGUGCGGUAUAGAUUUCUUUCUUCACUUUUGGGGGCACAGUUUGAACGUGGGUCAGCCCCUGUAGCUCCCAACCCCGGCGGAGGUGCAGGGAUUCUGUCGCUUCCAUUAAAAAAU